CCUCCAACCGGAGCUCACAGCUGGCUCUUCCUACUGUCUCUCCAUUAUGUUUAGUCUUCACAGGAAGAAUUCAAAAGCAAGCAUGCUUGGAACUAACUUCACCAUCAUCCAUCCAACUGUGUUCAUCCUGCUUGGAAUCCCGGGGCUGGAGCAGUACCACAGCUGGCUUUCUAUCCCUUUUUGUCUCAUGUACAUUGCUGCAGUCUUGGGAAACGGAGCCCUCAUCCUUGUUGUCCUGAGUGAACGAACCCUCCAUGAGCCCAUGUAUGUCUUUCUGUCCAUGCUGGCGGGCACUGACAUUCUCCUGUCAACCACCACUGUGCCUAAGGCCUUGGCUAUCUUCUGGUUCCGUGCUGGGGAGAUCCCCUUUGAUGCCUGCAUUGCUCAGAUGUUUUUCAUCCACGUUGCUUUUGUGGCUGAGUCAGGAAUCCUUCUGGCCAUGGCAUUUGACCGAUAUGUGGCUAUUUGUACUCCUCUGAGAUACUCAGCCGUCUUAACAACUAUGGCAAUUGGAAAAAUGACCCUGGCCAUCUGGGGACGGAGCAUUGGGACCAUUUUCCCUAUCAUAUUCCUGCUGAAGAGGCUGUCAUACUGCAGGACCAAUGUCAUCCCUCACUCAUAUUGUGAGCAUAUUGGUGUAGCCAGAUUAGCCUGUGCUGACAUCACUGUCAAUAUCUGGUAUGGCUUCUCGGUUCCAAUGGCUUCAGUUUUGGUAGAUGUUGCACUCAUUGGUAUUUCUUAUACUUUGAUCCUCCAGGCUGUGUUUAGACUUCCUUCCCAGGAUGCUAGGCACAAGGCUCUCAACACCUGUGGUUCUCACAUUGGGGUCAUUCUCCUCUUUUUCAUUCCAUCAUUUUUUACUUUCCUUACUCAUCGCUUUGGCAAGAACAUCCCCCACCAUGUGCACAUUCUUCUGGCAAAUCUCUAUGUGUUAGUUCCCCCCAUGCUUAACCCUAUCAUCUAUGGUGCUAAGACCAAGCAAAUUAGGGACAGCAUGACUCGCAUGUUGUCUGUUGUGUGGAAGUCUUGAGAGCAGGCACAGUUCACAAA